AUGCCGUCUCGAAUAAGUGGUGCAUGUAAUGGUUGUCGCACAAAGAAGCAGAAGUGCAGUGGUGACCGAUCCGGUUGUACCCAAUGUCAGGCUGCCGGCAUGCAAUGUACUUGGCCUGAGCAACGAAAACGUGGUCCAGCCAAAGGCUACAUAGAAGGCCUCGAACAUCGUCUUCACGAGGCCGAAUCCCUUCUCCUCGCCCUUCUUCCUGUUAUCACCACAGAACAGCUUAAUUACGCCACCGAUUCGUUGGAUUUGACGCCAUCAUCAGCGAACGCCCUCGGGGUGAAAAUCAGAGACUCACAGUCUCCGAGACCCCAGAACGUCCGACGUAGCCCGCCUAACCUCAACAAGAAGACCGGCAUCGAGUACUGGGAGUCCUUCCCACUGGAUACGGUCGAGAACAUCCGCAAGUGGCAGGAAGAUUGCACAUUGCAGUCAACAGCUCAAAGUCAAUCCCUCUCCCACAAUUCCAUCCCAGGCGACGACGCAGCUUCGCGGGAUAUCAUGAAGAAUGCGUUCAACUCCGCUCACAACUCUCGCCCGGGUUCAGUAGAUAUUUCCACCCAGCAGCACGCUCGGUCACAUUCAGGAGCUUUCCGCUCGAUGAGCACGGACUCUUAUCGCAGUGGAACGAGCACUCCGGUCCAUGUUUCCCAGCAUUCCCAUGCACAACCUACAGUGCCAACAGCUUCACAUUUUCCACAACAGGCGACGUCGCAACUUCAGCAAGACUGGAGGUCUAUGUCCCUUUUCUCGUCGCUAGAGUCGCCCGAUGGCAUGAGCUCUAAUCCGACGGGGUCGAACGUUACAGGGGUCGGCAUUGAUACCGAGGCUCUUCUUCUUCAGAGUUUCGCCGAUACGACAUGGGCACAGUCACAGGCGUUGAAUCAUGGGCUGGGGAAUCUGACUUCUGGCACUGGCACGAGCAAUAGCAUGAGCAUGGAAAAUGGACCCAUGGAGAUUGAUACCGGCUUCUUGACGAACGAUAUGCAGAGACGACUAUUUUGGUAA